GGCAGAGUUGCCAUUACGCAAGACGGUCGACCUCCGAGUGGAAAAAAUUAAUCUCUGAUAUCUCUCUGUCUCUGUCUCUCACUUGAUAAGUUACGACCGUCUUCUAAGUUAGGGUAUUGGUGCUGGGUUCCGUAGAAGCCCAGAGAAGUCAGGCCACCAUUAGUAAAACACCUCCGAAAGUGGGCCAAAGGCCAGAGACAGACGCAGCAGAACAGAUUGCUUUGCCAAUUCAUGGACCAGUGGGAAAGAUGAGGGCUCCAGGAACUCUAAGUCGACUCCACGUCUUAACCAGAAUUUUAGCCGUUCCUCGCAUACAAGGAAAUUUAACUGUAAAUAGAUUCCAGCCUAUUCGUCUCAUAUCAGAGUCUUCAAAAAUUUCAAUCGGAGAUGUGUCGAAGGAGAUACACGCACCAAAAAAUCCAGAACUCGUUCCCACAGGAUACAUCAGAGGUAAUGUACCACAGUCUGUCCUGAAACAUUUACGAUGGCUGAUCCAAAAGGACAAAUUAGGACAAGAUGUGUUCCUCAUUGGGCCCCCAGGACCUCUCAAGCGGCUACUUGCAAUGUCAUAUCUGGAGUUGACGCAGCGCGAGAUCGAGUUUGUUACCUUAACACGAGAUACAACAGACACAGAUCUCAAGCAGAGAAGGGAAAUUAAGUCUGGCUCUUCGUUUUAUCAUGACCAGAGUGCAGUCAGGGCAGCUAUCGAAGGUCGUGUGUUGGUCCUCGAAGGGGUUGAAAAAGCAGAGAGGAAUGUCUUGCCUGUCUUGAAUAAUUUGCUCGAAAACAGAGAGAUGCAGCUGGAAGAUGGGAGAUUACUCAUUGCGAGUAGCAGAUAUGAUAAGCUCUUACAGGAAUACUCAGAAGAAGAAUUGAUGAAGAUGAAUUUGGUCAGAGUCAACGAAGAUUUUCGGGUCAUUGCCCUGGGCCUGCCUUCACCACCUUAUCAGGGCCAUCCUCUAGAUCCUCCGCUCAGGUCCCGGUUUCAGGCCAGAGAUGUCUCAAGUUUGCCAUUCAAGGUAACCAUCAUGGAUAAGUUAACUCCUAACAUCCAAGGACAACUGAUAGUCUAA